AUGGGAGGCAAACGUAAGAAAACUAACAGGGCGCCUAUCAAAAAGGAAAGUCGUUAUAAAAUUCCCGCACGUUUUGACUGUCCUUUAUGUGAUGUCAAGAGUUCUAUUGUUGUAAAAAUAUCGCGGUCAACGGGUAUAGCUACCGUUCACUGUCGCUCCUGUCAGGUUGGGAAAGAAAGGAAAUGGCCAAUUUUACCUCGUGAAAAGGGCGUUGACGUAUUUUUUCGUUUUCGAGAGGAAUUAUUAGAGUUAGAUCGUCAAUACUUGAACAAUCAUCCCCUUGAAGUGAAUAGCGGAAAAGGGGAUUUUACUGCCAAAAUCACAAAUCUCGCGGAGUUAAGUCGUCAAGAACAGCGUCGAGUAACCUUAGAAAUGUCCAAUGGUAAUACUUUAGGAGGAUCGAAAAAUGGAUCAACAGAGCUCAGAAAACGUCAUCGUCCAACGUCGUAUGAAGAUUCAAGAGAAAAUAAUAAUAAUGAGGAUGAUAUGAUGAAUUUUUUUAUACCGCCUCAUAUUGAUGAUGACGAUAACGAGGAUCAUGAUUCCAUAGAUGAGGAGGAACAGUACGCUGCGAUGUUUCAAUAG